GAUAGAUGAGACCACGCUAGCACCAUGCCAGAUGAGACCUGCAGCUUGGACCAAUGUCGAGGCAUGCAUCUGAGUAUCGUCGACACGCUUGCUUUGACAAGUUGAAGUCUUUGGUUUCGUCCUGUUGCAGCGCUCUACUUAUUCAUUCAGAUGGCAAGGCAUCAGCUGCCGAAAGCAGCCAGCAAGCAGAGCAUGAAGAUAGUGCUGCUUGGUGAAGGGCGGGUUGGGAAGACUUCUCUGAUGGCUCGUUUCGUACACAACAGCUUCAAGGAGGACCAGCAGGCCACCAUCCAGGCAGCUUUCAUGUCACGUCAGUUGCAAAUAGACUCUCAACAGGUGGAAGUGGCUCUGUGGGACACAGCUGGGCAGGAGAGGUUCCACAGCCUGGCUCCCCUCUACUACCGCGAUGCAGAUGCAGCAUUGCUGGUGUAUGACAUCACAGACCGGGACACACUGGAACGGGUCAGGCACUGGGUGAAAGAGCUGAGGACCAUGGUGGGGGAUGACAUAGUGCUGACGAUACUGGGCAACAAGAGCGACCUGGCCCGAGAGCGUACAGUGCCGGAGGAGGAGGCUGCAGAAUUUGCGCAGUCCAUUGGGGCGCAGCAUGUGAGCGUGUCAGCCAAGACAGGCCAAGGCAUCGAGACUGCUGUCUCCAACUCAGCGCAGAAGGUCCUGGCUAGCAGGAAGCAGAGGGGGGCCAGCGCCAGACCCCCUGGCGGCACAGGUCGGCGGCCUGGGGGAAUUGUCAUAGCUGAAGGGGGUGGAGGGAGCAACAGAGGGUCAUCCUGCUGCUGACAUGCGCUGGUGUCACUUUAUGUAAGCAGCAAUAGUCAUAAUUGAUUGCAUUGUCUAUGGGACCCCUUGGCAGAUAUUAACAUCUUACAACUAGCUUUUUUACAACAGUACCGCUUUGAGUUUUGCAGCAUUCUUUCACUUGCUUGUAGAGCAAGCAUCUAGGAAUCCCCUGACUAUAAGGAUGAUGACAAUUUUUUGAAUGUGCACCCAACAGCAUGCUUUUGUCAACAGCCUUUGCCAGUUUUGUAUUUGCUUUCAGGGCAUUUGGAAGCCAUCGUUUGGUUUGCUUUCUCAAAUUACACGCAGUGAUUAACAUGUCUAUGCAAUC